AUGCACAAGUCAUCCAACCAGCGGCUGAUUACCAACAUUGGUAAGGACGAGGAACGCAGAGACGAGAACGUAAACAGCAUGACAGCACGCGCGGGCCAGGACGAAGUGCCAGAAUGGCUAAAGCGAGAUGGCUUGGUAGCUGGCCUGUUACCGAUUAUAGAUAUCUGGGUCUGGAGUCCCUGA